GGGCUGGGAAGAUGCUUUGCGCCGCAUACAAGAUCCGAAGCGCCCGCCUGCCUGCCUGGGGGUGGUGCCACAUUACCAUAUCCAAAUUAGGACUGCACAAGGGGGAGCAUCCACUUUAAUAUGAAGCAUUUCUCUUGGGUCCAGGUGACAGGCUUUUUUAAAAAAAAUUAAAACCAUGCAUCGUCAUCCGUGUAACCAAAAAGCCUUUUCCUCCACCCCAUUUAUGUAAGAGUGAGAAUUACCCACGCUCAGGGGAGCCGUGUGUUUUUGCUUCACGUGCCUGGAAGCAGGUGAUCCCAGAGAUGCUCCUCCCUUCCUCCCUUCUCCCCUAAGGCUGGGGAACUGGCUCUAAGGCAGGGAUGGCUGACCCAGCAGCAUCUGAGGGAGAGGCGUCACAGACCAGAGCAGGGAACCAGGCAAAGGGCACUGACUGCAUUCCUGGCAAUUCUGAUCUCAUCAGACGUGUCGCUCACAAAGCUUUGGUAGUGUUGGUGGAAAAGCCUUCAUAGCUAGCCUGUGACAGUGAGACAGUGGAUUGACCCAGAUUUGAAGCUUCAGGCAAGGUGCAAUCAUGCCGAAGAAGAGAGGACGCAAGCGGGCACCCCUGACUGAUGAAGAACGGCUGAUUAUGAUGCAACAGAAGCGGCUGGCUGAGGAAGAAAGGACGAAGAAGAAGGAGGACAUGCUGGCUCAGUUCCUAAAGGAAAAACUGGCCAAAGAGGAGCGCAACAGUGAAAUAAACCUGCACAAGAUCACCCUACAGUGGCGAACGGUGCUCCGUGAAGUCAAGGCCAGGGAGCUGCGCAAGGACAUUGAGAUCCUUAGCCAGACCUUUGAACGUGUGGUGGACUGCAAAGACAAUGUCAUUAAGUCCCUCGCUAAGGACCUCUCGGAGGCAGAAGCUCAAUAUGUGCAUGCUUUGCGGAGCCACUUGCACAACAUAGACCAGCUGUUGCAACUCCAGCGCUGCCGCAUUGGCUACUUAGAGGAGGAUUACCAAACGGAGCUGCAAGCUCUGCAGAAGGAGUUUGACACAGAGAGGAAGAUAAUUAUAGGUCACCAUAAUAUAGAGAGCCGGUACCUGCAGGAUGUGCUGCUGGCUAUGGAGCAAAACUUUACUGACAGUGAAUAUGAGGCCAGGCUCGACUUCCAGAGUACAAGAGAUGACGUCAAGAACAAGAACUUGGAGGACAAGCAUUACCUGCGAAUGCAGUUGGAGGGUAAAGUGGAGGAGCUGUGGAAACGCUUCCAACAGGCCUUGCGUACUUACACAGAGGCAACGGAAGACCGAAAGAUUGCCUUUGAAGGCCUCAAACGCAGAGAUGAGAAGAGCACCAGGGAGAUUGAGAUGCAGAUGAGGAAACUGCAGAAGAUGCAAGACCUCAUUGGCAUCCUGAAGAACAAAAUUGCUAUUCAUGCACGGGAGAGCGAGGAGCAGAACCGGCGAGUCCGCGAAGAGAAGGAGGUGGUGCUGAAGCAGCUGCAGAAGCUCAAGAGCGAGAUGAACCAGGCCAGAGCCAAGGCCAGAGCCAACCUGGCUAAGCUGUCCAGGGAGAGCAGUGGGGCUCUCAAAGUGUUGGAACAUGUUAUGCAGAAGGCAGAGCUGAUCCUGCGCCGGGCUGAGAUGUGCCGCAGGCUGGAGUCUGAGGAGGAGAAAGUGCUGCCAUUUUAUGUCAGUUCCCUAACCUGGGAAGAACAGAAGUCUGUGGAUAAGGUGGUUCUGGAGAAACCAGAAGAGCCAUUAGCCCAGAUGAUGCAGGAUUACGUGGGGCUGGAGCGCUUCUGGCAAAGAUACAACAAGGUGAGGCUGGAGCAGCUUUCGCUGGAGCGGACUAAGCAAGCGCUGCUCCAAGACAACCUCAGGCUGAGGGAGCUGCUCAAGCAGUACCUGGAUGGCAUCUCAGUGAACGACGAGGUUCUGAGCCAGAUCAAUCCACUGAUGAUUGUCAACCAGCAAAAUAUUGCCCCCCCUUCGUCCCAGCCUGCCAAGCAGCCUAUCUACAACGUGGUUGAGGCAGCACUCGAGGUCAAGCGGAUCCUCUAAGUCAGCGGCAUGUGAUUUCAAAUUAACAGACCACUGGGCAUAAAGAGGAGCGAAGCCAUCCCAGCCAGAAGCCUGUUGGGGAAGGGCCAAUACCUGCCAUUAAACAGUUGAACAUAGCUGAGCUGAUGCAUACUAGAACCUUUUCUCCCCUCUGCAAGCAAAGCCCCCCCCCAGGCUGGUAUAUUGGGAACUCAGAUUUAUGGUGGGUCUACUGCCAGUGGUUUCUUUUAUAGGCUUGUGCACAGGCCUAAGAGCUGUUGUGCAAAGGCAGCAGCUAAGCACUUGUGCAGGUGCCAACUUUUGUGUGUAAUUCC